AUGAAUGUUAUAGCGCCGCAUUCGCCGAGACGACAAAAGUUGAACCUUAGAAUGAAGAGCCUCUCGCUGGACUCGCCGGAAUGUGGGGAGCUGAGACGUCGGCCGGGUCGAGACCAACCGCCCUCACAGGGCAGCAGAGUUCUCUCUCCUUCAUCGCCGGUACAUAGCAGACGAUUAUUGAGUGCCAGGAUCGGUCGCAUGAGCAGCGUCGAACUUCCUGAUGAACCGGAUAAGAGCUUAUCAUCGAAUAGCGCCAGCCCUUGUCUUUCCCCAGUGAAACAACCAAGUAAGCAUCAGAGACUACUGCCGACAAACCUCUACGUGAUUCUGUAUAAUUUCAAGUCUCGGCACGCUGAUGAACUGGACUUGAAAGCAGGUUACAAGGUGACAGUAAUUGAUACCUCAGAUCCUGAUUGGUGGAAAGGCAAGUGCCUGGGAAAGAUUGGUUACUUCCCAUCCAAAUAUUGCACGAAGCUGCAAGCUGGCGAGAGACCUUUGCAAGUCACACAUAAUUUACAGGUUUCUGACGGUGACAAUGGACUCAUGCUGCUUCGGGAUCAGAUCGUAAUACAAGUAGGAGACGAGGUCGAUGGAAUGGUGAUGAUUCGUUCAGGCGACAAUCGACAAGGCGUGUGCCCGAAACGUGGAUCCCUAACCGAAGAGAGUAACAAGUUGCAAGCACCGAAACCUAGUCAGAGCGCACCGGUCACACCGUGUGACAGCGACAAUUCCACCUGGUCUGACAAAACAUGGAUGAGUAAGUACAGCUACGAGUCAACAUCAGGAUACGACUCAGCGGACGGUGCCUGGUGGUGGAAAAGACCAAUGGAUGUACGGCACGAGCCUCCAGAUGGUGUUUGGUGGUGGAGGAGACCUUUAGACGUACGGCGAAACCAGUGCCGAAGAUGUGGCGCUUCCUCGGCCACAAGGCCUCUCAGAAUGAUGCCUUGCGCGGGCGUUGCUCAAACACACGAAGACGACUACGGAACACAACGGCCCCUGAUGUCCCGCGACCGCCCCUUGCUAUUCGUUAGACAGUUCUUUUUGUAG